AGAUAUAUGAAAAUCACAUCCAUAAUAAUAGGGAUUUGCAUAAAGAAGAAUGUGAAAAUUUAUUGAUCCCACCAAUGAUGGAUUUGAUCUUCAAAGAUGGGAUUUGAUCUUCAAUAGUAUUUAAUGACCAAUCUGCCUUCUUUUAUGACAUGGUAAGGUGGUUUUCGCUUUAUGUAAAUUCCUGACGAUCCAUGGAAGCUUGAUAAGAUAUUAUAGGGCUAUCUUAAAUAGUUGUCUAAGUUCUGGAUGUCUUUAUAUAUAUAUAUAUACAGCAAGAGAGAGAGAGAGAGAGAGAGAUAAGGGUGCUCUGCAUUUGAGGUCUCAAGCUAUUUAAGUUGUUAAACACAGUAAUAAGAGACAUGGGGGAGCUUAUUAGUGAUUGCUUCAAGUUUUGUUUCAAUCAUGAUUUUUGAAUGGUGACAUCACCCAAUAAUAAUUACUUCUUAUUUGUAUAUUUUUUACUGUUUUAUUCAGCUUUAUCUUAAGUGCAUAUGCUACGAAAGUAUUGACAAUCAACCUCUUCCAUUGGCGAAUCACAGCUUGGAUUAAUUUUCUAGAUUAGUCUGCCCUUUUGGGGACAUGUAGUGUCUGCAAGUCCUUCAUACAUGUGAUGUAUUUCUUCAUCCAAUUCAAACCUUAUCAUCCAUUAAUGUUCAUGCUGCCUUUGUCUCGUGGUUAUUAGAGUUCUCUUUCAACGUUAUCUUUUUCUCUGCUUAAUUUGAUAGUCCACUGCUUUAUCAAGGUAAUGUAUACAUUUUUUCAUUGCCGUUGUCAGAUAACCUAAAGCAGGAGAAUUUACUUGGAAAGGAAAACACACACACACACACAUAUUGGUGUUGCAUACUAAACUUGCAUUAUUAGAUUUUUUGCUUGUCCUGUUGGGCUUACAAACACUGAUUGAUCAAGGCCUUAGCUUGAAUUUUUUUUUUCCUGGUAAAUUAAAAUUUUAUUUGUUGAUGCAGGAGUUGAAUAUUUUUGAAAUUCGGCGAGCAGCUUGAAAAUGGGGCUCUUAGAUUUAUUUUGUGUUGCUUCCAUGCCUGUUUUAAAAGUACUCUUGAUUACCGCACUUGGCUCGUUUCUUGCUUUAGAGCAUAUAGAUGUCUUGGGGGAGAAUGCAAAGAAGCAACUGAAUAGAGUUGUAUUUUUUGUGUUCAAUCCGGCACUCGUGGGUAGCAACCUGGCUAAUACAGUUACUCUUGAAAGCAUCAAAUUGUUGUGGUAUAUGCCCUUCAAUGUCCUCCUAACAUUUAUCAUUGGCUCAGCACUAGGUUGGAUACUGGUGAAAAUAACCAGAGCUCCUCAACAUCUGAAGGGCCUGGUAUUGGGGUCAUGUGCAGCAGGUAGGUAUAUAUAUAAUCUCAGAUAUGCCAGAGUGUUGGUGUAG